AUGGUUCAUUUUGAACUAUUAAUGCAAAUGUUUGAACCACUCGUUCUAUUUUUAUUGGCUUUUCUGCCCAUUACAACCUCUGUGAAAUGUCAGCACUAUUCACCAUUAACACAUCCGAAUAAGCAACUCGUUCACAGCUUCUACUGUGCUUUCACAAUGACGGAAAAUUGCGAGAACGGAGAUUAUAUGGAGGGUCCUCCGUGGAACCUUAACAGGGAAGGGGACAAGUGUUUUAUUCAGUCGAAUAUGCUUGCAUGUUCUUGUUCCAAAAGUGACUUCUGUUCAACCGACCACAAAUAUAUUUGGAAGCUCUGGAGAAAAUCUUCUGCCUUCAAGAAGGAUAGCUUAUUCACCGAAUGUUUAAGAAAUCUUGCAAAAAUAGAUGAUGAUGAAGAUGACCUUAGUGAAACGAUCUCUCUCGAUCGUGUAGAAAAAGUAUCAGGAGAACGAGACAACGGUGACUACGAUUACACUAUGACAUUAAGAAGCUCAAACUAUAAAUACACUUACAUCGUGUUUUUUGUUGUGGCUUUAACUAUCACCUGA